CAAACGUGUUUUCGAGAAAAUAUGAAAAUAACGUUUUAUUACGGUUAUAAAAUUGCUUUAAGCGUAGACAUUGGAACAACUUAUUGUACAGUGUACACCUGUCUGGCAUAAAUAUGAGCGGGUCAUAAAUCGAUAAAAGUUAAUAAAUUUGUGAGUAGAGACGAAGAAAACAUUUAUUUCAUUCUUCAAAAGUGCAUGCAACCGAGAAUAAAGAACUUAAAUCUUGAAAAUGUUGAAAGUAAACUGUAAUGUUGAAUUGUUUACUUGAUAAGAUUUAACGAUAGGAGACAUACCAGAGUUACAGUAGAGCUUUAUCUUAGAGUCAAUUUAGAAAAGCUGUAUUUUUGCUAAUAAUAUGAAUAUUGAUUUUGAAGGAAAAAGGGCUUUAGUUACUGGUGCAGGCAAAGGUAUCGGUCGUGCUGUUGCAAUUAGACUUGCAGAAUGUGGAGCUGAAGUUGUGGCUAUUAGUAGGACAAAGUCAGAUUUAGAUGAGCUGAUAAAAAUUGUAAGUAUAAACAUUAAUUUUCUUUUUAGAACUUUCGACAUCAACGUGAAAGCUAUUAUCAAUAUAAGUCAGAUAAUAGCAGAAGGAAUGAAAUCUAGAGGAUGUGGUGGCUCUAUUGUAAAUGUUUCAAGCAUUUUUUCAUAUAUUGUGUCUGGCUCAUACAGUAAUUAUUGUACAAGCAAAGGUGCUGUGGAUCAAAUUACUCGAUGCUUGGCUGUCGAAUUCGGACCAUACAACAUACGGGUGAAUGCUGUAAAUCCCACAGCUAUCCGUACCAAGAUGGCGGUUGAAGAAGGUAUGUUUGAUCCUGAAAAUGAAUACGCAAAUGACUGGCUUCAAAGAACCCCUCUAAAGAGAUUUGGAGAAGUGGAUGAAGUCGCCUAUCCCAUCUUGUUUCUAUUGAGUGAUAAAGCAUCGAUGAUAACUGGAAUUACUAUGCCUAUUGAUGGAGGUCUCACCAUUAGUUUUUGAAAUUACAAAAAAAAAAAAAAAANCAGUUUUUGAAA